CUUGCAGUCCUUUUACUCAGACAGCCAGAUGUUACGCCAGACCUGUAAGAAGAAGGAAGAAAGACAUCCCUAGCCAUCUGGAUGAUCUUCCUCCCACAAUGCUGAAGAAAGAUUAUGCCAAUGUUCCAAUAAUAAAUAGUGUUGACGAUGUAGUGAGAAGACUGUUGUCACUGGAAAUGGCAAGCCAGAAGGAGAAGAUGAAAAUAAAGACACAGCAGCUGGUGGAGAAGGUCAGGAGGUCUCCCAAUGACAACGGCUCCUUUGAGGUGCAAGCUGCUGUGUUGACUGCCAAGAUCCGCACUUAUGAGGAGCAUCUUCAGAGGCAUCCCAAGGAUAAAAAUAACCGCCGUCGCAUGCUGAUGGCUAUAGAUCGCCGGAAGAAACUACUUGCAUAUCUUCGCCGUGUUCGCUACGAUACCUUUGAAAAUACCUGCAAGCAGCUGAAUAUCCAGUACACCCUACCCCCUCCCUACUCCAGAAGGAUCACCAAGCGCUGGCUUGUGAAGAAAGCUUUCUGUCUCAAGGUUUUUCAGGAGGCGCGGAAGCUGAAAGCAGCGGAGAGACUGAAGAAGAGGAGAGACUGGCAAGCAAGGGCGAGAGCUGCAAAGGAGCAGCAGGCGCAGUGCGAGGGGACGCCUGUGUAG